AUGGUGACCUUCCCACCUCUCAACGUCCCACCAGAACUCUUGCAAGAGCUUUCAAAGUAUACCACACCAACAGGAUUUGCCGACUAUGCUGCCCUAGCCGUUUUAGGUGGAAUUGGAGCCACAUACCUUUCAAAAGGUCGGCUAUGGGACAAACCAGAUCCACUUCACCACCUCUGGUUCGAACGACCUCAGCUCAAGAAUGGCGGACAAGCUGGCUCAGCCAACAAGGAGACACGAAACAUUGCACAGAAAUUGGAAGAGACGGGCAAGGAUAUUGCUGUCUUCUGGGGAUCUCAGUCCGGCACAGCAGAGGGCUUCGCCCAUCGUCUUGCCAGGGAGAUCUCUAUUCGCUGGGGCCAGGAAGCCAUGACCGCAGACCUCUCCGACUACGACCCAAUCACAAUCAGUGAAAUUCCCCGCGCUAAGUUGGCUAUUUUUGUUGUUUCAACAUACGGCGAAGGAGACCCCAGCGACAAUACAGCCGAGUUUUGGAGCUGGAUCUCCAAAGCCAGUGACGUGUCGCUCUCCAACUUGCGAUACGCGGCCUUUGGCUUGGGAAACACCAACUACAAAUUCUAUAACCGAGUUGUCGAUGUUGUCGUGGAGGGCCUAGACAAGUUCGGCGCACAGGCUCUUAUGCCUGUUGGAAAGGCAAAUGACGCAGAAGGGGCAACCGAGGAAGACUUCAUGUCAUGGAAAGAGGACCUUUUCACAAUCUUCAAAGACAAUUUGGGGUUCCAAGAGGCAGAAGCCAAGUAUAUCCCGAGCACAAAGGUCGAGGAAGACGAAUCUCUCGAGCCUAUCGAUCUGCAUCAUGGCGAGCCCAACACCCGUGUGGAAGCUCCAAAGGCGGCAGCUCAAUCCUCAGCCAUCCGUACUUUGAGCAUUUCAGACUCUAGGGAGCUAUUUACCUCGUCUGAUCGUCACUGUCUACACAUGGAUUUAGACCUGACCAACCAGCCCGAGCUUAGCUACAAAACCGGAGACCACCUUGCUAUCUGGCCAGGAAAUCCUGAUAUUGAAGUGGAACGCCUACUCGAUGUCCUCGGGAUUUCUUCGCGCCGCGAUAUUCCACUCGGUAUCAGGGCGCUCGACCCAGCAACCAAGAUCACGAUCCCAACCCCAACCAGCUCUGUUGCAAUCUUCCGGUAUUACCUCGAGAUCUGUGCACCCGUGAACCGCGAUAACAUUCGCGACCUGGCACAAUUUGCACCCACCCCGGAAGCAAAGGCCUAUCUCCUUGCACUUGGCCAAGACAAGGAUGCAUACGCCAGAUUCAUCAGUCACACACACGUCAACCUCGGCCGACUACUGCAACUGGCAUGCCCUGACAAGCCUUGGGAUAACCUUCCACUUUCAUACCUCGUCGAAACCUUACCUCACAUCCGGCCCCGGUUCUAUUCGAUCUCAUCAAGCAGCAUGGUAUCACCUCGCAAACCUUCCAUCACAGCUAUCGUAUCAACAACUCCUCUCCCAGAAAAUCCCAACGAGCUCAUCCACGGUGUCACAUCCAAUUAUCUUCUCGCCAUCUCUCAGCAAACCCGCUCCCAGUCCCACCCCAGUGGAAUCACGUACCAUCUAAACGGCCCGAGUGACGCCCUCCAAGGUGGAAAGAUAUUCGCGCAUAUCCGACGAAGCAAAUUUAAGCUCCCGGCUCUGGGCAAGACGCCAUUGAUUAUGGUCGCUGCAGGAACGGGUAUCGCGCCUUUCCGGGCAUUCCUUUCUGAGCGCUGUCAGGUUCUCAAGAUCGGUAAGGAGGUCGGCCAGAUGAUUCUAUUCUUUGGAUGUCGGAAUCCCAACGAAGAUUACAUCUAUCGGGAGGAGUUGGAAGAAAUGCAAGCGGCGUUGGGUGAUCGAUUGCGUGUUGUCACUGCUUUCUCUCGAUUAGAGGGGACGCCUCGUCAGUAUGUGCAGGACCGGGUUGCCGAGCUUGGUGAUGAUGUCACUCGGUUGAUUGAUGAAGGUGGUAAUUUCUAUGUCUGUGGGCGGGCUGGUAUGGCUCGUGAAGUUGAGAAGGUUGUUGGGAAGACUAUGAAAGGGGUCAAGGGAUGGAGUGAGGAUGAGGUUAAUGCUUGGAGCAAGACAAUCAAGAAGAAAAACAAGUGGCAGGAGGAUGUUUGGGGAUAG